AUAGGAAACGACUCCUCUACAUAAUUAAUAUAUGACAUUGCAUCUAACCCCCUAUCCUUAUUACGCCGACAGGGCAACGGUAACCGCGAGAGCGCAUCCGCGUUACUAUUAUCAUUGGACUUGACAAAUUCAAUUUCAAAAUCGUAGGCUGCCAUAAGUGUGGGGACUCUGACCGGGACAUUUUAGAAAAACUAGUAAAGGUAGAAAUAAUCGGACAGACAGACGGACAUGACGAAUCUGUAAGGGUUCCGUUUUUAGGGUUCCGUAGCUAAAUGGCAAAAAACGGAACCCUUAUAGAUUCGUCAUGUCCGUCUGUCUGUCCGAUUAUUUCUACCUUUACUAGUUUGCCAUUUGGCUACGGAACCCUAAAAAAGGAACUUUUAUUACAACAAUAGGUAACUUUUCCUUGCCUAAACACAAAACAACUUUUAACAUAGCCAUUCAAUGCCAGCGACCCGCCAGUCGGGUUUUCUGUUCGUUGGCGCUUUUCGCUACAAAGGCGAAAAUGCACUUUAUCGGCUACGAGCGCAGCGUAUAGCAUGCGCUGCCGCUGAAUGUGUUAAUUCUGAUAAUUUUACAAAAUACAGUGUAAACUCUUUAUAACGUUAUCCUUUAUAACGAUAAACUCCCUAUAACGUUGAAGUGAGCCCAACUUGGUUGGUUUGCGUUAAAACCCACAUAUUGAAACACUCUUUAUAGCGAUACGCCAUUCUCUAUUACGAAGAAAUGUGUUCAUAUUUUUAGACAAUAAAUAUUUAUUAUCGGUAUUAUUGUUUAUGUUAUGUUAUCAGGUAACAAAAGACUUUGAAGCUCCGAAACAUCCGAGGUCCGUCUAGCUUUUGUUAUCCUUAAUUGCCUUGAACACGUGCAGUAAGACGCAUUGUUUUCUCGGAAGUGAUGGUCUUCGACCAAGCAUACUGGGUACCUAUCGUAUUAUCAGUCGUAAACCUACUUUGAAACUGUUAACAUGGCCAGUAAACGGAAAGCGAUUAGUGUUGACGAAAAAGUUUGUGUGAUACGUGCGAUUGAAAAGGGAGAAAAGAAAAGUGACGUUGGAAGGCGUUUUGAACUAAGUCAAUCCACUGUUGCUACCAUUUGGAAAAACCAAAAAACAAUUCUACAAGCGGCGCUGGAAGGAAACUCUUCUAAAAAAUUAAGAAAGCCAAAAUUCGAAGACUUAGAUCAGGCAAUGUUGUCGUGGUUUAACAAUCAGCGCCAGAAUAAUGUACCCAUCUCGGGGCCAAUUGUAAAAGCUAAGGCUGAAAAGUUUGCCAACCAACUUGGCAUAAUUGACUUUAAAGCAUCUGAAGGUUGGCUUGGAAAAUUUAAGCACCGUCACCAAAUUACGUACGGUAAAAUGAACGGAGAGGCGCGGGAUGUCGAUAUGAAUGUGACUAACAAUUGGAUUAGUACAGUGUGGCCUAAAUUAAAGAUGAAGUACUCACCAGAAGACAUUUUUAAUGCAGAUGAAACUGGCCUUUUUUUCAAGUUGACUCCCGAUAAAACUUUAAAAUUCAAAGGGGAAAAAUGUGUUGGAGGAAAACUGUCUAAAGAGCGUAUUACAGUUCUAGUGGCUGCCAAUAUGAGUGGCACAGAAAAAAGAAAGCUCUUAGUUAUAGGCAAAUCGAAAAACCCUCGGUGUUUCAAGAACAUAAAACAGUUGCCAGUUACGUACAAAGCAAACAAGUCAGCUUGGAUGACAUCGCAGAUUUUUGAAGAGGAAGUGAGAAAAUGGGAUGCUGAAUUAAAAUCACGGAAAAUCUUGCUUCUAGUAGACAAUUGUCCUGCUCACCCAAUCAUAUCUAAUCUUCGAAACAUAGAGUUAGCAUUUUUCCCAGCUAAUACAACCAGUAUUUUACAACCAAUGGAUCAGAGUGUAAUUAAAAGCCUAAAGGGCCACUAUAGACGGAAAAUGUUGAUGGAUAUGAUCGAAACUGACGGCAAGGUCUCGAUCAACAUGCUACAAGCAGUGAACUUCUUAUCAAAAGCCUGGCAAGAGGUAACAGCAGCCACUAUCCAACAUUCUUUUCGACAUGCUGGAUUAUGUAGUAGCCAAGAAACGAACCAAUUUGACAGUGAAGACAAUCUACCACUGAGUGAAUGGAUAAGACAGUUCAACGUACCAAACAAUUUUAACGAAGAUCUACAAUCGUACGAAAAUAUAGAUGAGGAUGUAGCCACAACUGGUACACUUACAGAUGAACAAAUUGUUGAUUUAGUGUCAAAAAGUCAGGAAACACCCGAUAAUCAAGAUGAAGAAGAUGAUCAAGUGGACAAAGCCGAAUCACCACCAACAAUUCAACAAGCCCUAGAUGCCGCUAAGUUGGUAGAAAUUUUUUUGUUGUUUAAUCAAGACGAUUCCACCACAUAUCUAGAUAUGAAUAGAAUACAUAAAAUAAUUCAAAACAAGUACUGGCAUAGCAAAAAACGUCAGACAAAGUUAUCAGACUAUAUGUGUAAACAAUAAUAUUAUCUAAUACAUACAUAUUAAAAAUUCUUGUUAAUUUGGUUGUUUUUUUGUUCACUCCAUAUAACGAUAACUCUCUAUAACGACAAAAAAUGCUCAGUCCCUUGAGUUUCGUUAUAAAGAGUUUACACUGUAUUGAUAAAAAUACAUUUAUUUUUACGAAAUCGACAUUAACUGAAGUAUUAAGUAUCAGUCAACAUUUUUUAAUUAGCACACUAUGUAAUCAACAAACAUAAAAUUAUCACAAUGUUAUUUUUUUAAUAAACAAAAUAUAAUUAUAUGAUUAAACGAACUUACCUUAAGUGAAGUUCUAUCAUAAUUAUACGAUGCUUCUUGUCCGAGACGUUUUUACAUAGGUAGUCCGCUGUCGCUACAGCGCCGGAUCACUAUUCCAAAGCUAAAAGAAAAAACACCUCUGGUUUGACAGGUGUUUUGACAAUCAUUAGUUUAAAGAUAUUAUACUAUGAACAACCCUAUAUAUUUGGGAAUAAAUACAUCAGGAUUUAUGGGAGGUUACGGGACCGACGUCUCGGACAAGAAGCAUCGUAUAAUUAUGAUAGAACUUCACUUAAGGUAAGUUCGUUUAAUCAUAUAAUUAUACUCCUCUUCUUGUCCGAGACGUUUUUACAUAGGUAGCUGUUUGAAGCUGAGGUUGUGAAUAAUAAGCAAAAGUAAGGAAAAGGUAAUCGUUUUAUUAACGAGUAAAAUUUAAAAACAAAGCAACAUAACAAUACUUCUAAGUAAUCAUUAACGUUACAGACAGUUAUACUGUCCUAUCCUUGUUCUGAGCCUCUAUGAUUACACUCGGGUAGAGUUCAGAACUGCGUUACUAAAGUGUAAGGUCUCUGUGACCGGUCUAUUGUAAUGUCUGGCAAAUGUGGUUGAAGUUCCAGACCAACCCGCUGUUUUUUGAAUUUGAUCAAUAUUCAGACCUGCUCUCAGUGCAGCAGAUGUAGAGGAGUGUCUGGUCGAGUGUACUGUGAAAAUAUUCACAUCAACUCCUGCCUCGUUCAAGGUUUUCUUGAUCCACCGACUUAUACUUUGCGUGGACGCAGGAAUGUGUGGUUUUUUUAAAGUAAGAAUUAACCUGCCAUGUUGAUUUCUUAUACUUUUUGUAGCUUCAAUAUAUGUCUUUAGAGUCUUUACAGGACAGAUUUCUGUUCUGUCAUAGAUUGGAAGUUGUAACAAUGGUUGUGGUGUCCCAUAUUUGGACGUUUUUAUAAUGUCAGAUAUAAAAAUGUUGACCUUGUCACUAGAAAAAACUAUAUUUUUAAUAUCAAUCAACGAUAAUGUUUGGACUUUAUGUCCAGUAGCCAAAGCCAAAAGUGUUACCAGUUUUCUUGUUAAAAUUUCUAGAGAACUAUUUAUCAUAGGUAUGGUGCUCAAAUAGUUUUAAACUAUUCCUGGGUCCCAAGUAGCAUUGUAUUUUGGUUUUGGAGGCCUUGAUCGGUAUAUGCCUCUCAUCAACCUUUUUAUUCGGUCGUCCGUUCCUAUUUUAGGACCCAAAAUUAAGGAUAAUGCAGACCUAGUAGAAUUUAAGGUUCCAUACGAAGCCCCAGAUUUAAAAGAUUCACUUAAAUAUCUAAGAAUAUGUGGAACUGAAACCUGAUAUGGAUCUAGACUAUGAUCGUUGCAGUAUUUCCACCACAGCUUUAAUGGCGAGUUAUACUGUCGCAUGGUGUUUUUAGACAGGGACUUGAGCAUUAUUUGUAGGACUGAGGCAGGGGUGCCGCGCCUUACAUAUGCUUCGCUGACAGCCUCGCUGCAGCCAGGGUAAGCUGUUGGUGGAGUGGGUGAGUCUCUCUGAAAUUUGAUGAUAAUAGAUUCUUGUUAGGAUUAAACAUUAAAAGAUCACCAAUUGCUAAGCUUUUUACAAGAGGGAACCAUGGUUGAGAUGGCCAUAACGGAAAGACUAAGAUACCAGUGGCUUUAUCUGUCAUAAUCUUUUGAACACAUUUUAGAAUCAAGGAGAAAGGUGGAAAGGCGUAAAAGUACAUAUUUUUCCAGCUCAAGGUAAAGGCAUCUAUAGCAAAAGCAUCAGGGUCACAUUUCCAAGAAACAAAUUUAUCACAUUUAGUGUAGACAUGCGCGAAACAGUGCUUCAAAAAGUAAUGCUAUAUCACAUCACUUUUUCGAAAACGUAAUGUUACACUGAGAUAUCACAUCACUUAUCACUCGAAACGAAACAUUUACCCGAACGAAUACAGCGCGCGGGCGCGCGCGUGAUGGCAACAUCACACUCAUCACAGUCAUCACAGUACCAACUACAUUACGCAGCGAGUGUUAGGACUCUAGGGCGUAUCAUAUCGGCGCGUCGAUCUAUUACGCAUUGCGUUUUGUCACCGCCAUGUGAUAGAUCGUUUUUGUUAAUGUUUUUAUUUUUAUAGUCGUAAAAUAUGCAUCAUAGAUAAAAAAUAAAAGAAAAUAUCUGUUAAUUAAUGAGAUAACGCCAUCGAGAGUCACUAGGUAGUAUUUUUAUUUGGGUAUAUCAAUAAAAUUAUGAUAUGAUACUGAUACGAGAAUGUACUGUAAACACUAGCUCACUAUUAAAUUAAAGAUAAAUAAGUAACUUCA